UCCAAAUGAUAAGGCCUCCAAAUAUCCUAAGUUGGUUGUUGUUCUAUCCCAGGGAGCUUCUUUCCUGAGAAAAUGCCGACUACACAGAAGACGUUGAUGUUCCUAUCUGGCUUUCUCACAAGCCUUGGCUCUGUUGUUGUCAUCUGCUCGAUUCUGGGGACACAAGCAUGGGUCACCAGCACUAUUUUCUUCACAGAUCCUAUUUCCAAUGGUACCAUUGUCAUCACCUAUGGCCUUUUCCGUGGUAUAAGUACUCAAGAUUUGAGUGAAGGCCUUCAAGAGCUGGACAAAAACUUUGAAGUUCUAGGGAUAUUGAAUAAUUCUUCCCAGAAGACUCUGCAUUUGGUGGCCAUCUUAUUCCUGGUCCUGAGUCUGGGAACUUCUGUACUGAGCUCAAUAUUCACCUUCUACAACAGCAUCAGCAACCCUUACCAGACGUUCCUGGGUCCUAUGGGCGUCUACACCUGGAACGGACUCAGCGCACCCUUUGUGUUCCUGACCAUGGUACUGUUCGUGGGGAAUACAGAGUCCAACCAUCUCUCAGAAGAACUGUCCCACAAGCUUUAUACAGAUAUCACCAUCAAGACAACAACCCACUCUUACGGAUACUCAUUUUGGCUCGUUCUGCUUGUCAUCCUUCUGAAUAUUGUCACUGUGGUCAUCAUCAUUUUCUAUCAGAAGGCCCGAUACCAGCAGAAGCAGGAGCAGAGGAAGCCGGUGGAAUAUGCUCCCAGGGACGGCAUUUUAUUCUGAGUCUUGUGUCUCAUUAUGUUGGCACUGUCUCUGCCAGUAGUAACUGGCUAGCUGCUGUGGACAAUCUGCAUGGCAGUCUGCUGCGAUACCUCUGUAACCACUACACCAUGUCCUUCCUAGAUGAUGCUUGCACGUUUCUCCACGGAUAUCCACUGGAAAG